GUCUUUGACUACAAUACAGAACACCAGAUGUAUGUAAUUUUUGUGUUCUGUGAUUUUACUUCACUCUUAUGAAAGCACUGUAAACUGUCAAUCUGCCUGAUUCUUGGUAUAAAGAAUUACAGAAAAUUCAUUAAUUUUACGUACAUUUUUAUAAAUUUAUAGUUUUUCGUUGAAAUCAAUUGUUGUAAUAAUUGUUAAAUUGUUGUUAUGUUAUAAAUAAAUGGUUUCCCAGGCGCAAUAAAUCUAUUAUAAAUGCAAAGAAUUUUUGUGCAAUUCCAAGGAAAUGUCUAAUAGGAGUUCGCUGGUGAUAGGGAAUAAUACAGUUGGACCCAAACAAAUAGAUCUGGAUCAAAUAUGGGGAGAUUUAUAUGCUGGGAUCCAGCAGGUGUACAACCGGGUGACUAUGCAUAAAUCGCGAUACAUUCAGUUGUACACACAUGUUUAUAACUACUGCACAUCAGUUCACCAACAAUCCAAUGGACGUGCACCAAAUCCCAUUAGCAAAAACAAAAAGAACCAUGUUGGCGGAGGGGCUCAACUAGUCGGCUUGGAAUUGUACAAAAGACUGAGAGAAUUUCUGAGAAACUACCUAGUUUCACUGUUGAGUGAUGGGCUUCAUCGCAUGGAUGAAGAUGUUCUCAAAUUUUAUACAAACCAGUGGGAAGACUACCAGUUCUGCAGCAAGGUGUUGGAUGGUGUCUGCUCCUAUCUUAAUCGUCACUGGGUGAAACGAGAAUGCGAGGAAGGAAGAAAAGGCAUAUAUGAAAUAUACCAACUUGCUCUUGUCACUUGGAGAGAUCAGUUGUUCAAACAGCUUCACAAACCAGUUACCAAUGCCGUACUGAAACUUAUUGAAAAGGAAAGAAACGGUGAGACAAUAAAUACUCGUCUGGUAUCGGGUGUGAUAAACUGUUAUGUGGAGUUGGGUCUGAAUGAAGAAGAACCAGGUGCGAAAGGUCCCAACUUGAGUGUUUAUAAGGACACUUUUGAAAUCGUUUUUCUGGAAGAUACUGAACGGUUUUAUACUAGAGAAAGUACUUCGUUCCUAGCCGAGAAUCCGGUCACCGAAUAUAUGAAAAGGGCUGAACAACGACUUGUUGAAGAACAAAAAAGAGUUCAAGUGUAUUUACACGAAACCACUAGCGAACGUUUGGCAAAAACAUGUGAACGGGUUCUUAUACAAAAGCAUUUGGAACUCUUUCAUUCAGAAUUUCAGCAGCUACUCGAUGAUGACAAAGACACAGAUUUGGGUAGAAUGUAUAGCCUUGUCGCGAGGAUUCCUGACGGUUUGGGGGAGUUGAGGACACUUCUUGAACAACACAUAGCUUCACAAGGACUAGCCGCAGUGGAACGAUGCGGGGAGAGUGCACAUAAUGAUCCAAAAAUAUAUGUCAACACAAUUCUAGAAGUCCACAAAAAAUACAAUGCUUUAGUGUUGGUAGCUUUUAGCAACGAUAGUGGAUUUGUAGCAGCACUGGAUAAGGCAUGUGGCCGAUUUAUAAAUGCAAAUGCCGUAACUAGGCAAGCAAAUUCAAGCAGCAAGUCCCCUGAGCUGCUUGCAAAAUACUGUGAUCUUUUACUGAAAAAAUCAAAUAAAAAUGCGGAAGAGGCAGAGCUCGAAGAUACGUUGAAUCAAGUGAUGGUUGUAUUUAAAUAUAUAGAAGACAAAGAUGUUUUUCAAAAAUUCUAUAGCAAAAUGUUGGCCAAACGACUGGUUCAACACAUGUCAGCUAGUGAUGAUGCAGAAGCCUCUAUGAUCUCAAAGCUUAAACAGGCUUGCGGAUUUGAGUAUACAUCAAAGCUGCAAAGGAUGUUUCAGGACAUUGGAGUCUCAAAAGAUUUGAAUGAACAAUUUAGGAAUCAUUUAGUUAGAAUCAACGAAUCAUUAGGUAUAGAUUUCAGUAUUCAAGUAUUAUCUUCAGGUUCUUGGCCUUUUCAACAGUCUUUCACGUUUGGUUUGCCUUCCGAGCUGGAGCGAAGUGUUCAUAGCUUUACAAACUUUUACUCGGGUCAACAUUCAGGCAGGAAACUGAAUUGGCUUUAUAAUAUGUCCAAGGGGGAACUGAACACAAAUUGUUUCAAGAAUAGGUAUGUAAUGACGAUGAACUUUUUUUUUACCAUCAUUUACCAAUUUUGUUCAAGGUAUACUCUGCAAGCUAGCACAUUUCAAAUGGCCAUACUACUCCAAUAUAAUUUAUCUGAUAGUUGGACAGUGGCCCAACUUGAAGACAAUACCCAGAUCAAAGCCGAUUUUCUUGUUCAAGUUUUGCAAAUUCUGUUGAAAGCCAAGCUUCUUUCAUGUGAGGAUGACGACAAUGACCUCAGUCCAAACUCGAUUAUAAAUCUUCAUUUAGGAUAUAGAAAUAAAAAACUUCGCGUCAACAUUAAUAUUCCAAUGAAGACGGAGCUCAAAAUGGAACAAGAAACCACUCACAAACACAUAGAAGAAGAUAGAAAGUUAUUAAUACAAGCCGCAAUAGUUCGAAUUAUGAAGAUGAGGAAAGUACUCAAGCAUCAGCAGCUGGUUGCUGAAGUAUUGAAUCAACUCUCUUCUAGGUUUAAGCCAAGAGUCCACAUCAUUAAGAAAUGUAUAGAUAUUCUAAUUGAAAAAGAAUAUUUAGAAAGGACCGAAGGACAGAAGGACACUUACAGUUAUCUGGCAUGAUUCAAAAGUGUGGCGUUAUAAAAAUAAUUUAUUUUUGACUAAUUAAAAGAAAAGUUUUGUGACUGUGGAAACGUGGCAUGUAUAAUUGUAAAUAUCUAGGAUUGUAUUUUGAAUCUUUAAAAAUUGAAGAGCUACUAAAUAAACAAUUGAAAAUAUCUAUGUUUUCAUAUCGACCAUGUU